GCGCGGGAGAAACAAGUAAUGUGGAUGUGUGGCAGACGUUUUUGGGGUUAAAAAUAAAACAAUAGAAAUACACAUACAGCUAUGGAUCCAUCAGAAGUUGAGUUCCUGGCCGAGAAGGAGAUGGUGAAGAUAAUACCGAACUUCAGUCUGGACAAGAUUUACCUGAUCGGGGGUGACCUUGGUCCCUUUAAUCCUGGACUGCCAGUGGAAGUCCCUGUGUGGCUGGCCAUGAAUCUGAAACAGAGACAGAAAUGUAGGAUUGUUCCUCCAGAGUGGAUGGAUGUUGAGAAGCUGGAAGAGAUGCGAGAUCUUGAGAGGAGAGAGGACACUUUUACACCUGUCCCCAGUCCGUACUACAUGGAGCUGACUAAACUACUACUGAACUACGCGUCUGAUAACAUCCCUAAAGCAGAUGAGAUCCGCACGCUGAUCAAAGACAUCUGGGACACCCGUAUUGCCAAACUGCGCCUCUCUGCCGACAGCUUCAUCAGUCAGAUGGAGGCUCAUGCCAAGCUGGACAACCUCACUCUGAUGGAGAUCAACACCAUCCGAUCAUUCCUUCUUGAUUCCCUGAACUGCAUGUACAAACUCCGAUCUAAUCUUCAGCCUGGUUCAAAUAAAGGACAGUUCACGGAUUAUUAAUACAGGAAAUAAGAGCCUGAUCAGGUGUGGAUAUUUUUCAGACCAGGGUUGAAUUGUUGGACUGAUGUGCGCACCGACUCACAAGGCAUCACUCAAAGACUUGAAGAUCUCAGGUCUGAAUUAAGCAAGAUCAAGUUUUACUCUUUGUCUUUUAAGAUUUCUUUGAGAGACAGUAGUUUUCUGUAUAUGUAUAAAUAUCUGAGCUUUGUGUUUGUCUGCUGUUCUAAACGUGUUCACAUGUAGAGCUGAUACCAGUGAAAAAUCUAUUUGUGUGGUGUUUUGAUAAAGGUUUGACUGCAGCAUUAUGAUGCAGGUCAGCGUUUUUGACACGGCAAUAAAUUUGUAGUUCACAUGUUUUACAACAAUAAAAUAUAUUAUAGUAAAGA